AGUUACAAAGCGUGGUGGGUAUUGUUUGCAGGAGGGUACACGGACCAGAGACGGAGUGAAAAUAGUCAAUAUUUAUCAAAAUCUAAAAUAUUUUUACUGUCGGGUACAGCCUGAAUCAGCCUGAACAAGAUGUCCGGAUUUGACGACCCAGGAAUCUACUUCAGCGAUAGUUUCGGCGGUGGCGGCGACUCACUUGCAGAUGAGGGAACAGUGAAAAGGAGUCAUAUAAAGAAAAGAUUUCGCGAAUUUCUUAGACAGUUUCGUGUUGGUACUGAUCGCACUGGAUUCACAUACAAAUACAGAGAUGAGUUGAAGAGGCAUUACACUCUGGGGGAGUACUGGGUGGAAGUUGAAAUGGAGGAUCUUGCCAGCUUUGAUGAAGACCUUUCUGACUGCUUGCACAAGCUCCCCACAGAUAAUUUGCCACUGCUGGAGGAGGCCGCCAAAGAAGUUGCCGAUGAGGUGACUCGCCCUCGUCCCGUAGAGGAGGAGACUGUGCAGGACAUCCAGGUCAUGCUGAAGAGCGACGCUCACCCUUCCAACAUUCGCAACCUGAAGUCAGAGCAGGUGUCCCGUAUGGUGAAGAUCCCUGGCAUCAUCAUCUCCUCCACGGCGGUGCGGGCCAAGGCUACCCGCGUGUGUCUGCAGUGCCGUGGCUGCCGCUCGGUCAUCAGCAACAUCCCCAUCCCCCCUGGCCUGCAGGGCUAUGCCCUGCCCCGCAAGUGCAACACUGAGCAAGCAGGCCGCAUGAAGUGUCCAGUGGAUCCUUACUUCAUUAUUCCCGACCGAUGCUUGUGCGUGGACUUCCAGACCUUGCGGCUGCAGGAGUCCCCAGACGCUGUCCCCCACGGAGACAUGCCCAGACACAUGCAGCUGUACUGCGACAGGUAUCUGUGUGACCGUGUGGUGCCAGGGAACAGGGUGACCAUCAUGGGCAUCUACUCGAUCAAGAAGGGCGCUGCCACCAAGGGCAAAGGGCGCGACAAGAUGGCAGCGGUGGGCAUCCGCUCGGCCUAUCUGCGUGUGGUUGGCAUCCAAGUGGACACAGAGGGAGCAGGUCGUGGAGCCACUGGCUCGGUCACCCCUCAGGAGGAAGAGGAGCUUCGCGCCCUGGCCGCCUCCCCCGACGUCUAUUCCUCCCUCUCCCGCUCCAUCGCUCCCUCCAUCUAUGGCAGUGACGACAUGAAGAAGGCCAUCGCCUGCCUGCUGUUCGGAGGCUCCAGGAAGAGGCUUCCAGACGGACUCACUCGCAGAGGUGACAUCAACCUGUUGAUGUUGGGAGAUCCAGGAACGGCCAAGUCUCAGCUGUUGAAGUUUGUGGAGAGGUGCUCUCCUAUUGGGGUGUACACCUCAGGGAAGGGCAGCAGUGCAGCUGGUCUGACCGCUUCAGUCCUGCGUGACCCCCACACCCGCGGGUUCAUCAUGGAGGGAGGAGCCAUGGUGCUGGCGGAUGGUGGUGUGGUGUGCAUCGAUGAGUUUGACAAGAUGAGGGAAGAUGACCGAGUUGCCAUCCAUGAAGCUAUGGAGCAGCAGACCAUCUCCAUUGCAAAGGCUGGCAUCACCACCACCCUGAACUCCCGCUGCUCCGUGCUGGCAGCUGCCAACUCCGUGUUUGGUCGCUGGGACGACACCAAGGGCGAGGACAACAUCGACUUCAUGCCCACCAUCCUGUCCCGUUUCGACAUGAUCUUCAUAGUCAAAGACCAUCACGACCAAGAGAGGGACAUGACUCUGGCCCGUCACGUGAUGAACGUCCAUCUUAGUGCCCAGACCCAGACAGAGGGUGUGGAGGGCGAGGUCCCUCUGGCCACGCUGAAGAAAUACAUCGGCUAUGUCAGAGCGAAGUGUGGCCCACGUCUGACUGCAGCAGCGGCAGAGAAGCUGAAGAACCGCUACGUGGUCAUGAGGAGUGGGGCCAGGGAGCACGAGCGGGAGAGUGACAAGAGGGCGUCCAUCCCCAUCACAGUCAGGCAAUUGGAGGCAGUGGUGCGCAUUGCAGAGUCUCUGGCCAAAAUGAAACUACAGGCCGUGGCUGGAGAGGAGGAGGUGGACGAGGCCCUCCGCCUGUUCCAGGUGUCGACAUUAGAUGCAGCCCAAUCUGGAAGCCUCUCAGGUGUGGAGGGCUUCACCUCUCAGGAGGACCAGGAAAUGCUCUCUCGCAUCGAGAAGCAGAUGAAGCGCCGCUUUGCCAUCGGCUCCCAAGUGUCUGAGCACAGCAUCGUCCAGGACUUCACCAAACAGAAGUACCCGGAGCAUGCGAUCCUGAAGGUGCUGCACCUCAUGCUGAGGAGGGGAGAGCUCCAGCACCGUAUGCAGAGGAAGGUUCUCUACAGAGUCAAGUAGAGAGCUGCUCUACGACUCCAUCAAGAUUCUUGAAAGAGGUCUCUUGGAGAUGGAUGGAAACCACAGGCUCGUGAUUCCUAUUGUGACUUGUUGGACCGUAUGCUGUGAGGGAGUACAUGGUAACACAUGUAAUCCUUCAUAUGUGUUUGUAAAUAGACUAAAGGGGUAUUGCUCGUGAUAUCCGAAGUGGGAUACAAUUCUGAAACCGAUAUUUGACCCCUGUGAUGGAUCAGAAAAAAGUCAAGCUGCAAGUUCGGGCCUUUGCCAACACAUUUGCUCCAAGAUAACAAUGUUUGGGUGGAAAUACUUUUCAUGUGUGGAGAUGGAGAAAGCACAGCGCUAGAUAUUAAAUUGUAUCAAUGAUUAAAGAUGGCUUCAUGUUUUGUAUCUCUUAGCAAAAAGUAAAAUCUAAAUAAAAAGUUAUUGUUAA